CUUCCUGGCCACCUUGACAUCAGCAGAUUUCCUUAGUAUCAGGCACUUCCACCAUGCUGCUGACCAUGCAAGGAUUGAAAUCACGACAAACUAUAUCUCUCCUGGGCUCUCUCCUGUUCCUGGCCAACUGUGACACUUCAAGCAGCAUCCGCUGCUAUACUGUACAAAUGGAAGGUCAAGGCGAAAAUUUUGAUAUAUGCAGGUAUCUCCUUGGAGUCACAUACAAGAAGAACUCCAACUGGAUAAAUGCUCAGUGUGAGAAUUGCUCUUGUGAUCAAAAUGGAAUGAAAUGCUGCACCACAGUUGCUAUACCUACACAGUACGAUGAAGAAAACUGCCAUUCCAUUUUCCACCAGGAAAACUGCACUUACACUGUGGUGUACAAUGAAGACCCAGGAAAACCCUGUGCCGUCAGUGACUGGAUAUUGUAAAUUCCUCCAGUCUGGCCAGCCCACCCUUCUUCCUCCUAACCCUCUGAAAGCCCGUGAUUGUACAGCACUAUCUAGCAAUAAAGUAAGUCUUCUGCAAA